AUUCUUCACACUGUUCUCCUUCUUGUCCGCCUGUCUUGACCAUAUCUACCAUUCCCCUUCUUUCUUCUUUCCCUGCCUCAAUUCCAAGGCUCUCUCAUUAUUGCGCCAUCCACAUUAGAACUGUCCUUGGCCUUAUUCCCAACAGAGAUACUUCUCCCUCCUCUACUGCCUACAAUCGUUUCCGCCUGAUCGUGUCUCAACCCCGCGGGGUCAUGGAUUACUCCGUCAACCUCCGCCGCAAGGACACCACCAAGGGUCCGCCCUUGAGGAUCCUUUCCUUGGACGGUGGUGGCGUCCGGGGCUAUUCCAUGCUCAUUAUUCUCCAAGAACUCAUGUAUCGCGUCUACGUUGAAUGCGAAGGCAAAGCCCCUCGCCGUGAAGAGAUACCCAAACCAUGCGACCAUUUCGAUCUCAUCGUCGGCACUGGUACCGGCGGUCUUAUCGCCCUCAUGCUGGGCCGCCUCCGCCUUGACCUCGAGACCUGCAAGGAAGUCUAUGUGCGCAUGACCCGCCGGGUUUUCGAAACCGAUAAAACCAUCGCCGGCAUUCCCUUUCGGUCCACCCUCUUCAAGGCAUCCAGGCUCGAAGAGGCUAUCCGCGAAUGUGUCCGGGAACAUACCGUUUUCGAGGCCGAGGGUAACGACAUGGCCUCCGGCAGUGCGCGCAAUUCGCUCGCUGGUGCCCCCUAUAGUCCUAAUGCGGUCGCUAUUCCUCAGCGCUCGGGCAGUCGCGCUAGCUUCAGCACGACUGGUACUGCGCACUCGUCUGGUCAUGGUAGUCAUCGCAAUUCUACUUUUGUGAAUGGCUUGCGGUGGGGAAAUCCGGAUGCAUUGUUGUAUGACAAUCGGGAAUAUAGAACCAAAACUGCGGUCACCGCUCUCUACAAAGGUACCACCCGGAAUGGAUCGUCUGUCCUGCUGCGUUCCUACGAUUCCCGCAAAGAACCCCCGCCCGAGUUCAACUGCACCGUUUGGCAGGCAGGCCGAGCCACCUCGGCAACCGGAAUGGCUUUCAAGCCCAUCCAGAUCGGACAGCACGUGUUUAUUGAUGAAGGUGCCGGCACAUACAAUCCGGCUCCGCAGGUAUUGGACGAAGCAACAGUGAACGAGUGGCCGGGCCGCGAGGUAGGCGUGUUCGUCAGUGUGGGUACCGGGAAACGGCCGCCAGGCACAAACAAUCGCCAACACGAGUGGUGGGAGGACUUCUUUGGGGAUGCGCUGGGCACGUUCGCGGAGGCGCGCCGGCGGCUGAUCGCUAAAAUAGAGGGCUGUGAAGACAUUCACGUGGCGAUGCUGCGCGACCAUCUUUCGAAGCGAAACGUGAGCCAGGACAACUAUUACCGAUUGAAUGUCGAGGUCGGGGUCGGCGAGUUUGGUAUGAACGAGUGGAAUCGUUUGGCGGAUAUUAGCACCAAUACGCGACGCUACCUGACUCGGCCAGAAGUGAAGCGACAGAUCCUCGAUGCAGGGGUCAAGUUCGCCAAAAUCAACCGACAGCAUCGACGGCUGGCCGAACAUGCGGACGCGAGCGGCGGAAAUGAUACGGCCGAGGAGACCAGUUCCAUUCUGGGCAGCCCUGUCCUUUCGGUGCAGCCGCCAUUGCCCCAUCCAAUGGCGGUGGAAUUGCCCGCCGAACUGCCGGGCGAUUUUGUUCCACGACCAUUGGCGACCGACGAUGCACUUCCCAUGCAUCCGACGCCGCACGAUGCGGUUCUGGGCUCCCCGGCGCGGGGUUCCGGAAGUGAUCUAGCCAGUCCAAGUCCCCACGGGUCUUCACGCCCCAGUUUUGAGCUGCCGUCGCAUCAUAGCGGGGAGGGAGUUCCCCCACCUGUACCCCCAAAGACUCCCAUUCCGUACCCAGACCAUCCCAGUGAACUGGGCGGGAUCCCAAUGCCGAUGCCGCCAGUGAUGCCGCCAAUGACGACGAAUAGUAACCACGGAUAUCCGGCAGCGAGCGGGAAAAUGCGACCGCCGUAUCCCAUGGAUGAACCCCCGGUGGUCAACAAGCAGCGGAAGCCGAGUUAUCAUGUCCGGUGAGGGGAUUGAGGGAAGCCGCGAUUCAACCUUCCUUGUGCCUAAUAAUGAUAUGACCUGUUAAUAAUUCUUGGGGUAGAGAUUGGGUGGUACGGCGUCAGGAAGCUCAAAGGGAGUCCUGGCAGGUGCAUGUUGGGGGCAGGAGGAGGAGGAGUUUUGUUUGUUUCUUUGUUUGUUUGAGGACUUGAUGACAUUGAAGGAUACCCUAAUGAGUGAAUGAAUUUCUUUUUCACAUUUUUCAUGGUGGUUAAGCAAGUUUGGGGAAGAAAGCAUCAAUUAUACUGUAAAUC